AUAGGUGGCGGGGGGCAUGUUGGCGGCUCUGGAAGGGCCUGAAGCAUUGAUUGCUUUAGCUUUAAGUUUUCCCUCUGGUUUAGGGAAAGUGACCCGCAGCCUCAAGGAGAGAAGAUUCUAGCUUCGGAAGCACGGGUCGGCCUGGGGAAGCUUCAGUCUAAAACAGGAGACCGCUCUAGCCCGGACGAACCUCCGAGGGAUACUUAGGAAACCCUUCCCGAGGUGGGAAGCAGGGGCCCUGCCUUCCAGAAGCCCUUCUAAAGAAGAUGACUCAAGACGGGCCCUUGUUUGCUGUGCAGGAGGCCCUGAGGAAGUGCUUUCCCGUGGUGGAGGAGCAGCAGGGCCUGUGGCAGAGCACUCUUAGGGAUUGCCCACCCCUCCUGACCUCCCUCAGCAACUUGGCAGAGCAGCUGCAGGCAGCACAGAAUCUGCGAUUUGAGGAUGUGCCGUCACUGCGGGCUUUCCCAGACUUAAAGGAGCGGCUGAAACGCAAGCAGCUGGCGGCUGGUGACAUUGUCCUGGACAAGUUAUGGGAGAGGCUAGACGCCCUCCUCAAGGUGCGUGAUGUGGUCAGCAGCCACGUGGAACGCGUGCUUCAGAUCUACGAGCAGCAUGCAGACGCCCUCGGCGUGGACGCUGUCCUGCAGGCUUCAGCCACGAGCCCCUCCGUGGCUGAAAUGUUGGAGUGGUUGCAAGAUAUCGAGAGACAUUAUCGAAAUUCGUACCUGAAGAGGAAGUACCUCCUGUCCUCGAUCGAGUGGGGAGACUUGGGAAACAUCCGAGCUUUGCCCACAGCCUGGGACCGAAUUUCAGAAGACGAACACCCAGACCUUGUACGAGAUAUCCUAUUGAAUGUUUCCUUCUUCCUGGAAGAGUGAAGAAGCUGUGUGUUUCUCUGGAGACCAGGGGACACAGUUGAAGACCGACAUUGCUGUACUCUGGUAUUUCUAAAGAUGUGUUAGCAUCGCAACCUGACUCACUGGAAGUAUCAGUGCCUCGAGCCGGAGGACACGCUUUUGGGAGGAUUGUGCUAGAUGUUUCUGAUGUUGGGGCUUCUUCAUACAGCUCAUGGCUGAGGGUGCAUGGUCUCCCCUUGCCCUUUCCUAAGGCUCAGGGGAGUGGACAGAGGCAAAGAGGCUGCAGGAAAGGUGGUGCGGUAGAACUCUGAGGGCAGAAGCAACAGCCACAGAAGUGGUAAGGAAGGAAAGGACAGGGUGGGGGUGGAGAGUGGCCCUGCCCUUGGCACCAUCCAGAGCUCUGCACCUCGUUGACACCAGGUCCUGGUUUCGUGUAUUUGUGUUGACACCUGACUGUUUGACAAAAGAGAAAGUGGCUUUGAUGAUUCAAGGAAGUAGAGGUGAUGUUGAUGGAAAACAGUAAUUGUCCUCCAACUGAAACAGUUCCUUAUCAAGACAAUUCCAGUUUCCAGAGCCUGCCACCAGGGGGAGGUGGUGCUGCAUGAAUUACUCUGAAUGCUUUGUCUUUGGAGGGGUUCCCCUAUUGCUCUUGCUACCUAGGAGUAAGUAACUACGGAUAGUGGGACUCCUAAAAUAACAGGGGUUCUUUUUAUUUUAACCAAAGCUAGCAACUGACUUGCCACAGUCCUCUGAUCUGGUAGUAGCUGCAUGGGCCAGAGAAGGAACACCAGCCCAGAGUCGCAUGAUCAGGGUUGUGUUUCUGAGGCCCAGUGCCUUUACGUGUGAGGUGGUCAUGCACAGGCCAGACCUGCCAACUUCCUAGACCGAUGUAAAAAUAUGGAUCAUUGGAUGUGAAGGGGCUUAAAAGAAUAUAGAUAUUUUCAAAAUGAAAAUGACUUAUUUUUAUUACAAAAAUGAUAUGUGCUUUUUAAGAAAAUUGUAGAAAACAUUUAAAAUGUAGAAAAGUAUAAAACAAGGUCCACCAGAGAUAUUUUGAUAUGUAUCUUUUCAACGUCCAUAUUCACAAUUUUUUUAACAAAAAAAUAAGGUAUCAUUGUCUAUUAUUUAAGUUGUCUUUUUAAAAAAAACCCUUAAUAUAGUUGGCCAGUUUUUCAUAUUUGUGAAUAUAGCUCAAUGCCAUUAUGUACCAUUUUAUAUAUUAUAUACCAUUAUAUGCAUGUAUUAUGUCUUAUAUUUUACAUGUAUUUUCCCAAAACUUCAUGUUUUUCUACCUUAAGGAUAAUACAUUCUGACUGUGAAAAAUUGAACUAUUACAGAAAGUGAAAAUGCACAUUAUCCACCUACUGGAUAGCUGUUUUUAAUAAUGUGUAUAUUCUUCCAGGAAUUUUUUUUAUCAAUUCUAUCACAUACGUAAGAGUUGUAAAUAGAACUUAACUUAAGACAUUUGGGGAUGGGGAGGAAAAUAGCUCAGUGGUAGAGUGCAUGCUUAGCAUGGACUAAAAAAAAGUAAGAACUUUAAAAAAAGACAUUUCAGUAUCAGGUCUUAUGAUGUGUUCUGGGGAGAGAGGUGGAGAGCCCUAGAAAGCCUUAUAGUCCAACCAGUGUUUCUCAAACUUGAAUGUGCAUAUAAAUCACUGGUAUCUUGUUAAAAUUUAGAUUCUGAUUCUGUAGGUCUGGGGUGUGGCCCUGGACUCUGCAUUUCUGAUGAGGUCCCAGCUGAUGGUGAUGAUCCAAGGACCAGACUUUAAGUUGAACAGAUGUAAUACAAUAAUAGAAGUAUUUGAAAUAACAGAAUUCCGUGGGAGUAUAGAGGUGACAACUAACUGCUUGUGGGACUACUUCAUGGUGACAUUGACAUGUGAGUCAGGCCUCGAGACUGAUUUUUCUUGGACUCCGGGAGGAGUGCAGGGCGCUGAAUGCACAGAGACAGUCUAAGCAAAGGCAGUGUUCGGCAAGGAAUGGAAAGCUUGUACCCCUAGAACUGGGACAGACUGAGUAGUAAUAGUUCAGUCUAGCAGGUCGCCAGAGCUCAUAGGCGGACAGAAGUGUGGCAGGAAUUGGGUCUGUGCGGGUGGACUGGAAUGAAUUUGUGAAGAGCCCUGAAUGCCUGGCUCAGGAGUAUGUAUUUUGUUCUGUAAAUGGGAGUUGCUUGUUGGUGUGUGCAUCUGUGUGAGUAUGAUAAAGAGCUUUUUAAACUUCCCUCAUUGAAACAAGUAAUCAUACUGUAAAUUGAUUUAAGUGUGUUUAUGGUGCUAAGUAAUAACUAUGUAUUAUUGAAGUAUAAUUGUUCCUUCUUAGCUUCUCUUCUAUUAAAUUGCUAUCCUUCUAA